AUGGAGUUCCAUUCACUGAAGUUGAAGUUCGGAUUUUUGUGUACAAUUCUUGUAGCAAUGGGUUGCAUUCUGGAGGGAGGCUGUGCUUUAAGAGUUGGUUGGAGCGCAGGGAUGCCAGUAGCGAUUCUCGGGAAGAAUUUGGAGAGAUCUGGAAUUACUAAUUCAUUUGUUUCAAGUCUAAGUAAAGCUUCGUACGAGGCAUACAACUAUACCCAAGUUCUGAACCAUUUUGGAUACACGCCAGAGAGCUAUCAAACCUUUCCCCAAAGAUAUUUCAUAGACAAGUCCAACUGGGGCGGUGCUCAAAGUAAUUCUCCCAUAUUUGUAUGGUUGGUUUCAGCAGUUGACAUCACACACGACUUGGACACGGGCAUCUUUAUAGAUCAGGCUCCUAACUUCAAAGCUCUUGUGGUGUACAUAGAGCACCGUUAUUACGGGACGUCAAUGCCAUUCGGGGGAAAGGAGGCGGCGUAUGCAAAUGCGAGCACGAAGGGUUAUUUCACAUCCACGCAGGCCUUGGCCUAUUAUGCGACCAUCAAUGUGGAUUUGAAGAAAACAUUAAAGCCGGAGAACUGUCCAGUCGUCGUGUUUGGUGAAACCUAUGGUGGAAUGCUAGCUGCAUGGUUUCGUCUCAAGUAUGCGCACCUAACAAUCGACGCCCUCGCAUCAUCUGCACCUAUCCUUCACCUCGACGACAACGCUCCCACUAAUAGUUCUGCCAGCAUUGUCACCAAAGAUUUCAGAGUAUGUUCAUUCAUCUGCUAUGCAUUCAUUUAUGAAUCGUGGGACGUGAUCGACAAAAUUGCAUCUACCCCUCAACGAUUGCUAAGCCUAAGCAGACUAUUUAACUCUUGCGACUGCUGCAGCAAAUUUGAACGAAGGCCAGUGCUUGGAUUUGAGUCCCGUGAAUCUCACUUAUUCCGGAUGGAAUUUGCAGUUUUUCUUAACCCGCAGUUUUGCACCGAAAUGGUGUUUCCAAUAAGCAAUCCUCCUGGCACGAUGUUUCGGUUCUACCGCUAUGAUUUGAACUCCCAAUCCACGGAAUGCUACAAUGUUCACGGCGUCCUCCCACGCCAACACUGGGCAACAACUGAAUUCGGAGGACACGAGAUUACAAGUGUGUUGAAGGACUUUAGAAGCAAUAUCAUUUUUUCAAAUGGGUUAAGAGAUCCGUCAAGUAGUGGAGGUGUGUUGGUGAUUAUUUCUGAAAGCAUUGUACCUAUUACCACCGAAGAGGGAAGGCAUUGUGAAGACAUUAAACCAAGUGCUAGUGACGAUCCAAUCUGGCUGAAACUGCAACGACAGAAAGAGAUAAUGAUCAUCCAAAAGUGGAUUAACGAGUAUAAACAUUAA